AUGGGCCCGGUGGCUCUCGACGUUGCCUUUUUGCUUCUCAACAUCUCUGUGCGGCUCACUGCCUGUGAGGUGAACAUGUCCAAGGAGCCGUGGAGGAACCCGGAGCUCAGCGACGAUAUCAAGGACCUGAGAGCCAACUUGCCGCAGGUGUAG